GGCUGAAGCAUUUCUGUAACCCCUUCCAGUCUCUAUAUAAAGAGCUACAGCAUGAGACUUCAGGACUGCGUCUGUGGCCUUCACAAACCAGAGCCGAGGAGGGAGGACGGGGCUGGGACAUUUGCCCUCCUCCACACCUAGCAGGAGAUCAGUCACCUGCAAAUUCGUCUUUGAGGGAUGAACAAUCAAUACGUGCGCCGGGAAGUCUUCUGCUGUGAAACCUGCAGAGAGCUCAAGAGCUUCUGGGAAAAGGAAAUUAGCAAACAGACUUGCUACCGAGAACUGGAGGAGCAUCGCCAGGGACGGAGCGCCCUGAGAAAGCUCCGGGAAGAAUGGAAGCAGAGGCUGGAGCAGAGGCUGAGGAUGCUGGACCGUCCUGACGAGAAGGAGAAGCAGGCUGGCCCUGUGCACUGAGGGCGUCUGCCUCGCCCGCUUCAAAGACAGCCAGCCACCAGGGGUCUUUUUUUGGGAGAAAAAGCUAACACCCAAGUCAUGUUGCCUUACUAAGCAGGACGCUCUGUUUGUUUGCCCAUCUAUGAAGGGAAUUGCCUGGGAAGCCUCCUCCCGCACCAAUGGGAGUUAUUAUCCACCUCAGUCCUCUCUCUGCACAGAGCACAGGGGGCCGCAAAUAGCGUAGCGAGCUUGGGUUAUUUAAUAUAAAAAGCUCUUGGAAUUAGCACACACCUCACCCCCAGGUUUCAAAGAUCCACGUAGCAUAAGCUAGUUCCCCAUUCUCUUCUCCUUUUGAAAUCUGAAUGUUUUCUCUGAACUUCCAGAAGGUAAAGAUCUCGAUGGAAACCUGGCUUCCCCAUACCUCCUGGAAUGGGAAAGUCAAAAAAUAAACAACAACAACAACAAAAUGCUUUGCUGUUUCCCUCCUGAUUUAUAUAUACAGAGAUGCAACAGCCUGCAGAAAUAAAGCUAUCGUUAUUUUAAAAAAUUAUCAGUAUGGUUUGAAAAUGAAACCAAUUUUUCCUCUUCGUGUGAAUUUGGGCUUUGUUUUCUCAUAAACAUGUUUUAUCAGAAACAUGUAGGGGACGGGGCUGUGGCUCAGCGG